UGAUAGGUGAUAUUGAUAACAAGUCUGUCAAAAUACUUCGUAUUUACUUCAAUUUUACCCAGCAACAACAACCGAAAAGUGUUAUUUCAUUAAAUUAUGUCAUCAGAUCAAGAUCCUAACGUUAUGAUUGGUUUAAAAAAUGUAUUAUCGAAGAUUGAAGCCGCUGUCGCCAGGCGCAAUGCGAAUUUACCACAGAUUGCACCAAGACUUGUGGCUGUAUCUAAAAUAAAACCAGCAGCUUUGAUUGUUGAAGCCUAUGAGCAUGGACAGAGGGAUUUCGGGGAGAACUAUGUGAAUGAAUUAGCUGAAAAAGCCAGCGACCCCCUCAUACUUGAGAAAUGCAAGGACAUAAAAUGGCAUUUCAUUGGACAUUUGCAAACAAACAAAAUAAAUAAAUUACUUGGAUCACCGAAUCUUUAUAUAGUGGAGACUGUUCACUCUGAAAAGUUGGCUGAUAACUUAAACAAGCAAUGGCCUAAAUAUAGGAAAAGUGAUGAGAAGUUACCAGUUAUGGUGCAGAUCAAUACAAGUGCAGAAGAAGCUAAAAACGGAAUUGAGCCCUCGGAAACAACAAAAGUGGUAGAAUAUGUAUUGAAGAACUGCCCCAAUCUAGAUUUUAAAGGGUUGAUGACUAUUGGACAAUAUGACUAUGAUGUGUCUCAAGGGCCAAACCCAGACUUCUUAACCUUAGUGAAAUGUCGGCAAGAAGUUUGUGAAAACCUGAACCUUGAUAUUAACAAUGUGGAAUUAUCUAUGGGAAUGUCUACAGACUAUGAACAUGCGAUUGAACUUGGAGCUACAACAGUUCGUGUUGGAUCUGUGAUUUUUGGAGCCAGGCCACCGAAAGCAAAUUAGUUCAAUGUAGACAAAAAUGUAUAUACUUAAACGAAAUGUCACCUCACUAAUAUAAUUAAAUAAUAAUUUUUUAUUAUAUCUGUAUACUUAAGUUGAAAUUAUUACAUAAUAUUGGGCUGUUAUAAUUAGAAUAAUUAAGUAAACGGGCUUCCAAACAA